AUUGUGUAGCGUGGCGUGUGUCGCUUGUCAAAUUACGUGGGGUUUGCAAGUUGGGCAAAAUUGUGCUAGUGUCUUUAUGAGCGCUAGCUCCUCAGCAGGUUGCAGCGGCGAACGGCUAGUUACGAGCUUGUAGCGCACUACAGAAGUGUCUGAGGGCUGCGGCAGACAGCAUCCGUCGAUAGCACCAGCCGUGGGACAAAUUCGGGCGACUCGCUUCCAUCUGAGUUAGACAGCUGCAGUUGCAGGCAACCGAGCGAAAUUGCCUCCUGCUCACCUAGCGACGUAUACAAGCUGUUCGGGAACCUCAUUCAUCAUAAAAACAAGCGCUGGGAGCAAAGACGGCACCAUGCACGCCGCCGAGGCGGCCAACUACGCGCUGAUAGCAACCAUAGUGCUCCUAGCAGCCCACGUCGUCCAGCUCCUCAUACAAAAAAGGAGAAAACGCGCACCGAAAGUAGCCAAACCAACAAGCCAGUUCCUGCAGGACGCCGCGCCGGUUCUCAUCGUCUUCGCGUCCGUGACGGGUACGUCGCGCAAGCUCGCAGGACGCUUGAGAGAAGCCCUCGCCAAGGCCGGAAGAGCAUCGAUCGUCGUCGACGCCGCGAAGCCCCAGCUCGAUCCCUGGGACGAGCUCUUGAACGGCGACAGCCGGGACUGCGCCGUGUUAGUUUCUACAGUCCACGGCGGCCUCGCGCCGGAGCCCUCUCGUCGGUUGUUGGUGGAAGAAUUAGAUGAUAUUGCGGCGGAUCAUCGGGUGGGCCAAGGAGCUUUGCGAGGCCGACGUUUUGCGGUACUAGGUUGUGGCUCGACGGCCUACGACCCGGCUAGAUUUUGUACCGCGGCUCGUGUCACGGAGAAGACUCUACGUAAAUUAGGAGCGGCGCGCGUCGCUUCCCAACGCCUAGAUGAUACGGAGGAGACCGAGGAGACCUACGCGUUAUGGGAGAAUAGAGUAGUGGCCGCGUUCUCGCGGCCCCAGGUGCGGGGCGAGCAGAAGCCGCGCAAGGUCAAACUCGAGAAGACUCAUAGAGUGUCUGAUAGUAGUGAUGAGGAAGCUCCUCAGAAAAAGAAGUCUGUGACAGAUGUGGAAGACAUGGGCGCUGCGUUAGGCGAGAAGGAGGAAGAAAAAAAGGCCAAGGGCCCGAAGGACAUGGUCACGCAGUCCCAGGCCAAAGCUCUCAAGAAAGAAGGAUAUAAGUUAAUAGGGGGGCAUUCGGCCGUGAAAUUGUGUCGCUGGACGAAGCAUCAAUUAAGGGGAAGAGGCGGCUGCUACAAACAUACCUUCUACGGGAUUACCUCGUAUCAAUGCAUGGAGGCCACACCGUCCUUAGCCUGCGCGAACAAGUGCGUUUUUUGUUGGCGGCACCACAAGAAUCCCGUCGCGACGGAGUGGAAGUGGAAGAGUGCGUGACUCGGUGUUUUCAGUGAACUUGAACGUGACGUGGUCGCGGCGAUGGCGUCUUCAUGAGACCGCAUCGCCUCGACGCCGUCGACGUGGCGUGUAGCGACGGUGUCGUGCCACACAGGUGAUGACCCGGCGAUGAUCGUCGCCGAGGCCGUGCGCUUGCACGUCGCGAUGAUCAACGAGUGCAGGGGCGUGCCCGGCGUGCUAGAAGAAAGAUGGCGCGAGGCCCACACGGUGCGGCAUUGUGCGUUGUCGCUCGUCGGCGAGCCGAUCAUGUACCCUCGCAUCAACGAGCUCAUCGGCGAGCUCCACGCGCGGAAGAUUUCGAGUUUUCUGGUCACGAACGCCCAAUUUCCUGAGGCCAUUCGAACACUACGACCGGUGACGCAGCUGUAUGUGAGUGUCGAUGCGCCCAAUAAAGAUGAUCUGGAGGAGGUCGAUCGACCGCUGUUCCGGGACGCCUGGGAAAGAUUAAGGGAGUCCUUGGUGAUACUCAGGGAGAAGAAGCAGCGGACGGUAGCUCGCUUAACAUUGGUGAAGGGCCACAACGAGGGCGACAUUGCGGGCUACGCUGAAUUGAUCGCGUUGGGCGAACCGACACUGGUAGAGGUGAAGGGCGUCACGUUCUGCGGGAAAUCUGACGCCUCCGACCUCACGAUGGCGAACUGCCCGUGGCACCACGAGGUCGAGGCCCGUGUGGAAAUCAAAUUUCGGGCGCCCACGCUCCUUGUGACUGCGCCUGCUCGAUGGCGCGGCGAUUCCACGCCAUCGACGCGAUAACCUAACUCACUGGUUGAUUUCCACACAGGUCGAGGCGUUCUGUAAGGAACUGGCCGCUCGCAUCGCGAAGGAUCACCCCUCAUGUCCGACGUAUGAGGUCGCCUGCGCGCACAAACAUUCUGUGAGUGUGCUCCUCGCGCGCUGCGACCAGCUCAAGGCUCCCGACGGGACAUGGGACACGUGGAUCGACUACGACCGCUUCCACGCGCUCGCGGCGUCCGGCGAGCCGUUCACGGUGGAGGACUACAAGGCGCCCUGCCCGCCCUGGGCGCUGCUCGGCGCGGCGGAAGACGGCUUCGACCCGUCGGACACGCGGAUGUACAAGAAGAAGGCGAACGGGAAGAGUCGAUGAUGCGUAAGCUUUUUUAUGGA